AUGUCUUCCGCAAACGUGGAACAGCAACCCGUGAAGCUGUCACUUCCAUUGAAAUAUCAACAAGAAAUAUUCCAAGAGCUUCGGCAGAAGGAUCAACUUGUCAUUCUUGCUCGUGGUCUCGGCCUCCUAAGACUUGUCACGAACCUCCUCCAUUCAUAUGAUGCAGCCGGAAAUAACCUUAUAAUACUAGUUAGUGCAGAUGAUCGAGAGAAUGGAUGGAUCGGAGAGGCAUUGGCGGAGCAUGCUGCCAUCAGCAUGGCUCCUAAAGCUCGGGGUCUCUCUGUAGUCAAUACGGAUCUCAUGAGUGUCGGCACAAGAGAAAAAAUGUAUGCACAAGGUGGAAUUUUUAGCAUCACAUCUCGGAUUCUUGUCGUCGAUCUUUUGACCAGCCUAUUGGACCCAGCGACCAUCACGGGCGUGGUAAUCCUACAUGCAGAUAAAGUCGUAGCUACAUCACUAGAGGCCUUCAUACUUCGGAUUUACCGUCAGAAAAAUAAGGCUGGAUUUCUCAAGGCAUUUUCGGACAAUCCAGAACCAUUUGCGACUGGAUUCUCACCACUAUCGACUAUUAUGCGAAAUCUAUUUCUACGAAACGUCUCAAUAUGGCCUAGAUUUCAUGUAAAUGUUGCUCAAGCAUUAGAAGGUAUGAAAAAGGCCGAGGUUAUCGAACUUGAAGUGUCUAUGUCUGAAUCAAUGCGAGACAUUCAAAGUUCCAUAAUGGAAUGCGUCGAGGUCAGUGUUGGAGAACUGAAGAAAUCGAACUCUGGGUUAGAUAUGGACGAUUGGAGUGUGGAUAGUGCUCUGCACAAACAGUUUGAUAUGGUCAUUCGAAGACAGCUUGAUCCAGUAUGGCAUCGAGUCAGUUGGAAGACGAAGCAGAUCGUCAAUGAUUUGACUGUCCUAAGAGGGAUGCUACAUUCUCUACUAACAUAUGAUGCGGUCUCAUUCAAUCGUCAUUUGGAUAUGAUUCUUGCUGCACAUCAGCCUCCUCCAGGAUCUAUGAGACAUAAUCAAUCUCCCUGGCUAUUCCUUGACGCAGCACAUACCAUAUUUGAUACUGCAAAGAGACGAGUGUACAAAGGCAAGGCUGCACGAACGGAAGAUAUUGAUUCUCUGAAGCCAGUGCUAGAGGAACAGCCAAAAUGGGCAGUACUAGCUGAAGUGCUAGAUGAGAUUGAUCGGGAACUUUAUUUUAACCCCGUCCCACUAGAUGAUUCGAAUGGUACAAUCUUGAUCAUGUGUACGGACUCAGCUCAAUGUUGGCAGCUGCGAGAAUAUCUUCAAAGUAUGCAUGCUCGUCCAGAGACAGACGAGUAUGAUGACGAAGAACAGGAGCCAUCGGCGGAAAUCAUGAUGAGACGGAAAUUGCGGAGCUACUUAGAGUGGAAGAAGAAGUUCGCCAAAAUUAGCGCGACUCUUUUUAGUGAGAAUCAAAAUGCACUAAACGGUACUAGCAACACAAACAGUGUUACGAACAGCUCCCGAGGUAGAGCUCCGGCAAACAAAAGGAGGAGAGUAAGAGGCGGUGCCUCGAGCUCGGGAUCGACACGUGCUACAAAUGGAAGUCUACAAGCCGCAGAAGAUAAGCCGCUCGAGGUUGCUGAGCUGAUGUCGGAGAUAAAGCCCACGGAAAUGGAGGCAUUACAAAAAGAAGAAGUCAUCGCAGAUCCUCUAGAUGAUAUGGAAGAUUAUUAUCAGCUUUAUGAGAUGAAGGACCUCAUAGUAGUCCACGCAUAUGACGGGGAUUUGGAUGAGCAUAUUCUCGAAGAGGUGAAACCACGGUAUAUUGUCAUGUAUGAACCCGAUACAUCUUUUGUUCGUCGAGUGGAGGUUUAUCGCUCCUCACACAAUGAUCGAAACGUCCGAGUAUACUUCCUAUAUUAUGGUGGGUCCGUGGAGGAACAACGCUACCUGUCAUCUACUCGACGAGAAAAAGAUGCCUUCACCAAACUUAUCAAGGAAAAGGCCAAUAUGUCUGUUGUGCUGACUCUCGAUGCGCAUGGUAUCGAAGAUCCACAAGAUGCAUUUCUCCGUACAAUAAAUACCCGUAUUGCGGGUGGAGGACGUCUGGCAGCUACUGCCCAGCCACCACGGGUGGUAGUUGAUGUCCGAGAAUUUCGGUCCUCCCUCCCAUCCCUACUUCACGGUCGUAACAUAGUCGUAGUACCAUGUAUGCUUACCGUCGGAGACUAUGUUCUCUCCCCCAGUAUCUGUGUGGAGCGCAAAUCGAUCAGAGAUUUAAUCUCGUCGUUUAAAGAUGGCCGCCUGUACAAUCAAGCCGAAACUAUGCUUGAACAUUACAAGUCGCCAAUGCUACUCAUUGAAUUCGAUCAAGGCAAAUCUUUCACUCUCGAACCCUUCGCAGAUCUCUCAGGCUCUUUAUCAUCCGUAUCAGCGGGAAACGCGUCAUCCGAUCUUCAAUCGAAACUCGUACUCCUCACCCUCGCAUUCCCCAAACUCCGCAUAAUCUGGAGUUCCAGUCCAUAUCAAACCGCCGAAAUAUUCGAAAGCCUCAAAACACAGGAGCCUGAGCCAGAUCCCAUACACGCAGUCAGGAUUGGACUCGAAGGUGGAGCAAGUGCGGAGGAUCAAGCCUUUAAUCGCGAACCUCAGGACAUGCUGAGAGUAGUAGCCGGGGUCACAGGGAAGAAUCUGGGUAAUUUAGUAUCUGAUUUAGGGAGUAUCAAGGAGGUUGCUAAUGCGAGUCUGGAGGAGUUGGAGCCGAUGGUUGGGAAGGAAGCUGGACGGCAGAUUUAUCAAUUCUUUAACAAGAGUGUACUUUGA